AUGCCCGACGGCAACACGGUCAGCCCCUCCUCCCCGGAGCAGGCCAAGACACCACAAUUCGAAGCCCGUCCUGCGGCGGCGGCGGGGGAAGCCGACCCGGAGAAGGCGGGCAGCAGCAGCAUCUCGAGCGAGGCGCAAGCGGGCGUGAAAAACAUCGAAGCGGCCGCCAGCGUCUGGAGCAAGUGGCACCUGGUGGCGGCGUACGGCAUCAUCUGGCUCAUCUACUUCGUCACGUCGCUGCAGGAGGUGCUGGUGCGCACCUUCACGCCCUUUGUCACGAGCUCCUUCCAGCUGCACUCGCUGACGGCCGCGACGUCAAUCUUCUCGAGCAUCAUCGCCGGCCUGUCCAAGCUGCCGCUGGCCAAGAUCCUCGAUCUGUGGGGCCGCCCGCAGGGCAUGGCGCUGAUGCUUGUGUUUUGGGUGAUUGGGUUCUGCAUGAUGGCGGCCUGCAAGAAUGUCGAGACGUAUGCGGCUGCGCAGGUGUUUUCGUCUGUUGGUGCCCAAGGCGUGAGCUACUGCCUGACCGUCUUCAUCGCCGACACGUCCAGCCUCAAGAACCGAGGGCUGAUGCUCUCGUUCGCGACCUCGCCCUACAUUGCCACCACCUUCGCCGGCGGUCCGCUCGCCGACGCCUUCCUCAGCGGUCCCGGGUGGCGGUGGGGAUUCGGCGUCUUCGCCAUCCUCAACUUCGCCGUGACCCUCCCGCUGGUCGUGCUCUUCUUCUGGGACCAGCACCGCGCUAAGAAGCUGGGUGUUGUUAACCCCACCAAGAGGGAGGACCACCAUCACCACCCGCUGAGCGCGGCAUCCCUCAAGAAAUUCGCCAUCGACUUCGACCUCCUCGGCGUGUUCCUACUCGCAGCGGGCAUGGCUAUGUUCCUCACGCCGCUAAGCAUCUGGUCGUAUCAAGCCAAGCAGUGGCGGUCGCCGCUAAUUAUCUGUCUCAUCGUCUUCGGUGCGGUGCUCAUCAUCAUAUUCGCGCUAUACGAGCGCUUCCUCGCACCCGUCAACUUCGUUCCCCCCCGGCUGCUAGCCGACCGCAACGUGCUGCUCGCGGGCGCCACCAUCACGCUGGUCUUCUUCAACUCGGCCGUGUGGGGCAGCUACUUCAGCUCGAUGCUGAUGGUGGUGUGGAACCAGAGCGUGACGCACGCGACCUACAUCAACAACAUCUACCGCGUCGGCUCGUGCCUGUCGGCGCUGCUGUUCGGCUUCGCCAUCCGCUACACGCGCCGCUUCAAGUGGGUGGCGCUGUACUUUGCCGUGCCGCUGAUGCUGUUGGGCGUCGGGCUGAUGAUCCAGUUCCGGCAGCCCGACGCCGCGAUCGGGUACGUGGUCAUGACCCAGGUCUUCGUGGCCUUCGCGGGCGGGCCCAUCGUCAUCUGCGUCGAGCUGGCCAUGAUGUCGACCGUCGACCACCAACACAUCGCCGCCAUCUUGGCCAUCCUUGACCUGUUCAGCAGCGUCGGCUACGCCGUCGGGUCGACCGUGUCGGCGGCCAUCUGGACCGGCUCGUUCCCGGCCGCCCUGCGCCGCCACCUCCCCGCCGGCGCGCCCGUCGAGGCCAUCUACAGCAGUCUGUACACCCAGCUCGGCUAUGUCUGGGGCAGCCCCAUCCGGCAGGGCAUCGCGCUGGCGUACGCCGAUGCCCAGCGCUACAUGCUCAUCACCAGCGUCUGCCUCCUGGCCGGCGCCCUGAUAGCGACUGCCUUCUGGAGGGAUGUCAAGCUCAAGGACAAGCAGGUCAAGGGUCUGGUUGCGUGA